AUGGCGGCAAUGACGGACGGCUGUUUACAAUUUGUCGCCGCUUCUUCACGCAUGAUCAAGAUGCCAAAACGAGCUAGGAUAACAAAAGUUCUGGAUGAAAGUGAUGAUGAAGAAGAAGGGGCCAUGGUGCAAAGAAAAAGAUCAAAGGCCUCUCAGGAAACAACUCUCACUAUCCCAAUGGAUGAUAAUGAUGACAAUGAAAGCUCUGAUGGAAAUGUAUCUGUUACCUCACAGAACCCUGACUUUGUGUAUGGCCCAACUAUGGCUGACAAAUGCCAAAUUGGAAACAUUCAAAGAGUCAUUCUUAAGAAUUUUAUGUGUCACCACAAACUCGACAUCAAGUUUGGGCCACACGUUAAUUUCAUAAUUGGAAGAAAUGGAAGUGGCAAGAGUGCAGUGGUGACAGCCAUUAUCUUAGGUCUUGGAGGAAAAGCAUCAACCACAAGUCGUGGCAGUACAGUAAAAGGAUUCAUCAAAAGUGGAAAACAGUCGGCGGAAAUAAUCAUCCACUUGAGUAACGAGGGUCCUGAUGCCUAUAAACCUGAAAAUUAUGGGAACCGUAUUGUCAUUGAACGCAAGUUUUCAAAAGAUGGUGCCAGUAGUUAUCGUAUUAAAUCUUCUUCUGGACAAGUUGUUUCCACUAAAAGAGAAGAGCUGCGGAAUAUAUUGGAUUAUUUCAACAUUUUAGUUGACAAUCCUGUUGUUAUCCUCAAUCAAGAAGUUAGCCGUAAUUUUCUACAUUCCAAAAAUCCAACAGACAAAUACCGACUUGGUCAAAUCCAGGCUGACUAUGCUGAAGUGAAAUUACAAAAAAACUCUGCUAAAGAGAUUUUAUCAAAGAAGGAAGAGUCUUUUCCUGCUCUCGAAUCAGAAGUCAAAGAAUGGGAAAAAAAGUACAAAGCUUUUUCUGCCUUGGAAAAUCAGAAAGAAAAGAUAAAGAACCUCAAGUCAGAGAUGGCAUGGUCUUUGGUGAUAGAAAAAGAAGCAUCUUUGCAACCACAUUUGAAUGCAAAAAAAGCCGAAGAAGCCCGAAUGCCAAAGUUUGAACGUAUGGUUGUGGAAAGCACGGCUAAAUUAAAAAGAGCCAAAGCAAAGAUGGAUGAGAUGAGCAAAGAGUCAGAGACACUUGAAACUGAUGAAAAGGUCCUCCUUCCUGAGCUGAAAUCGGGCAAGCAACAAUUACUCAACUGCAAGAAUAAACUCAGAGCUAAACAAGCAGAACUGAAGAAAUUGGAGACAAAUAUUAAGAAUGGUAAACAGGACCGAGAAAAAAUCAAAGAAAGAAUAAAUGAGAUUAAAAACAGUUCACUGCAGUUGGAUUAUGAAGCAGAAAAACAAAGACGAGAAAAAAAAAUUCACACCUUGAAAGAAAAAGUGGAAGCAAUUAAGCAACAGAAACAUGCAAAGGAAGUUGAAAAAGAUUUGUAUCAUGAGGCUGUAACCAAAUACAAGAAUGAUGUCUAUCGAGUUGAUAUGGAAAUGCGUAAUCUAAAGACUGCCAUUGAAGAUAAUCAACGGGAACUGAAUAACCUGAGGUCUGCUGUAAAGAAUAAAUUGAGAAAGUAUGGUCCCCGCAUUCCUGAUGUUAUUGCCCGAAUACACAUGGAUUACAAACGUGGCAGGUUUCACAGGAAACCCAUUGGCCCUGUUGGUGAGUGGAUUAAACUGAAAGAUUCUGAAUGGGCACUGGCUGUUGAAAGUUGCCUCAAAUCUCUCAUUCAUGCAUUUUGUGUAAAUGAUCACGAUGACUCUCUUCAGCUGGAGAAAAUUUUCAAAGAAGUCUGUCCUGAAAUCAAACCACCAUUGUUUAUUAUCAGCCAGUUUCAGUCUGAACUGCAUGAUGUUUCUAAUCAUAAACCCAGAAAUUGUCCACAUCCAACUGUCCUUGAUAUAUUAGAAGUAAAGGACUCUGUAGUGGGAAACUGCCUAAUUGACCAACGGGGUAUUGAACAUGUGAUUCUCAUUAAAACAGCACAAGAAGCACGAAAUGUGAUGAGGAAUUUACAGACCCGUGGUGUAAGAGAAGCUUUCACUAUGGAAGGGGACCAAAUUUAUCCAGAGCCUAACUAUCGGUAUUACUCCAGCAACAAAGAACGAGCUCAGUAUCUUUCAACAAAUGUAGAGGAUGUGAUUUCCAACUGUGAACAAGGGUUGAUGGAAAAAAUCAAUGAAAGUAAAACUCUGAUGGAACGAAAGAAUCAUUUGACGUCUCGGGUGACCACAAAUAUGCAUGAAGAACGUACAAUGGAAAAUGAAAUAAGACGAUUUGGAGAUAUGCUUCGGAAGUUCAAUCUGGAAAUUGAAGAACUUGAGAUGAUUGAAGACCCUGAGCCUGUUGAUGUUUUAGUUUUGGAAGAGGAAUGUAUAAAGAUCUCUAAAUACCUGGAGACACUGAAGGAGAAAUACAACAUACUCAAUCAGGAUAAAGAAGAAAUUGAGUCAGAAUCUAGACAAGCAGAAGAAGGCUUUCGACACAAGGAAAUCAAACUUAGAGAACUUUCAGCCAAGCUGGAAAACUUCAGGGAGGACCAUGCCAAUGCCCAGACUGAAUACGAUGAGGCCAAAUCACAUCACAUUCAUUAUGAGAAUAAAAAGAAAGAACAGGAGAAAAAAAUAACCAAUAUCAACAAACAGAUUGAUAAACUGCAAGCUGAAAUCAAGGCAGAUGAAGAAAAAGCUUGUUUAAUCUGCCCAACACGAAUCAAUACUCGUCGGACAACAGAAAACAUCCAAAGUGAAAUCACAGAAAUUAACAAACGUGUUGAAGCCACAGAAAAAAGGCAAGGUGAUCGAGACCUUACAACACGCAGGUUCCAUGAAACUAAAGAAGCUUUAUGGAAAAUCAAAAAAGAAGUUGGAUCAUUGAAAAAAUUUUUAAAUCAUCUCGAUGACGUGAUGGAAAUUCGAGACAAGGCCUACAAGUCAUGUCGACUGGUCAUUGCACUUAGGAUGAAACAAGUUUUCGUUGUGUUCUUACAUAGUCGUCAAUAUGUUGGCCAGUUGAGUUUUGACCACGAAAAUGGAACACUGGACAUCUCGGUGAAUCCCAAAAGAUCGGAAGGUGGUAAAUCAGGAAAAAAUGUAAAAUCCUUAUCUGGUGGGGAGCGCUCAUUUGCCACAGUUUGUUUUAUCUUGGCUCUCUGGGGAGGAACGGAAUCUCCUUUUCGAUGCCUUGAUGAAUUUGAUGUAUUCAUGGACAUGGUCAACCGGCGAAUCUGUAUGGAUAUGAUGCUACAAGUGGCCAAAGAGCAAAGGGCCAGACAGUUUAUUUUCCUCACACCACAAAAUAUGAGUUAUGUGGUGUGUCCUACAGCAAAGAUCUUCCGAAUGCCUGACCCAGUCCGCUUGAAAGGGGGUCAGAGGACCUUAGAACAAUUGCAAAUAACAGAUGAUGAUGAUGAAGAAGACAGAACAACCAGUUGA